AUGAAUAUUCAAGACUGUCGGCCAGCACUAUGGCAGGCUCAUCGACUCAAAGACAUAGGGAGAGCCACACUAGUCAGGUUAUUCAUCAGCUUAGACUUUCAGAGAAUGAGAGUGUGGCUCUGCAAGAGCUUCUAGAUUGGAGGAGAAAGCUGUGUGAAGAGAGAGAAGACUGGCAGCAAAUCUUGCACAACACUGAGCAAAGAAUCACAGCCCCACCUCCACCCCCUUGUAAAAAGCCAACGCUGCUGAAGAAGGUAGAAGAUACCUCUUGCAACAGACUCUCUUCCGGCAUAUGGGAUACCACCAUGUGAUUCAGAUGCGUGUGUUUGCAGACUGUUAGGAAUGAAACCAUCUAAUGACUUCAAUCUGCACAAUCAGCAAGUUUUCUUCCCUUCACAAAGCGUGCAGGAAUUUUUUAUAAGCACUCAACCAAGAGCACAGGAUGGAGGAGCUGUUUAGAUCUGUCGUGUGUGCGUGUACGUGUGUGUUUGUUCUUUUCAUAUAUAUACACAUAUACAUAUAUGUGCACAUCUGUGACUGUAUAUAUGUGUGCAUGUGCAUAUAUAUGGAGACAAACUGCACUAUGAGUACUUAGUUUCAAAGUACAAGACGGUCACUUAGAGUUCUCCCAUGGACAAUGAAGAAACUAUGUUAAGCAAAUGAUGAUGGGGAGAAGCAGUUGACAGGCAUUUUAAAGAGAUCAGGAAAGUCUGUGUGCACACUGUACAGCUGUUUUAUAUAGUACAAAAAUAUGAUGUUUCUUGUUCCC